AAAGUCCAUAACAUUAGUCAACUUUCUUUCGGUUUUGGGCCUAUUAGUAAUUUCCUGAUUUUCUCUCUGAAUAUCAGAAAUGAUGGCCGGGGAUUCUUCCGUCUCUGAUGCCACAGAAGGAAACGAAGAUGAAUUGUUGAAACCCAAAUCUAAGAAUUUGUCAACAAGUCUACGGUUCAAAUGGGAAGAAGAGGCCAAUCGCCAGGGAAGCUGGUCGAUGGUACUAAUCAAGGAAAACCACCAAGAGGAUUCCUGUUCCCUCAUUUUCCCUCCGAGCCACCACGAAAACCUGCACGUUGUCGGAAAGUCAUUCACCCCAUCGAAUUCUCCUCCCUCUCCGUUAUUGCCAUCGUCGACUUCAGCGUCGGAUUUGUCAUCUGAAGUAAAUAACGAUUCCAAUGAUGAUGAUGAUGAUUCAUCGUCGACGACUUUGUUCUCGCCGUCGGAUUCGAAUCGUCCGUCGGGCCCAGAUUCAGAUUCCCCGGUGCCAACACCGAGGUUGAGGAGAAGGGAUGCGGGUGACGUGCCGAGCUGGGUGAAUGUUGGAUUGGAGGUGUUUUAUUCUAAGAUCAGAGGUGUAGUUGGGACGUUUCGUUUUCCGGUGAAGGUACCGGCAUUUACGGUGGCGGCGAUGGUGGUGGGAAUUUUAUACUUUGGUUGGCGGAGAAGGCGGAGGAGCAUAAAGCAACGGGAUAGGGAUCGUUUGGUUCGAAUUAUUAGAGAAAAAGAUGAGAGAAUUGAUCAAUUAUUGAAUCAGAUAGCUCGGAUGAAUAAUGUGUUGUUGGCGCUUCAGAGAGUUCCUGCUGCAUCCAAUCAUCCCUCAUAGGGGGUGUCUGUUUGGACUGUGAAGAAGAAUGGGGUCUAUUCACAGGUCUUAAGUCUAAUCUAGUUUAGCAUGAGGAAGAUUAGAAGAAUUGGAAACCAAUUUUUUGUUUGAUUUCAUGUGUCUGGAAUUUAAUGCUAGUGAAGUAAGUUUGGUUUUA